AUGGCCAAUGUACGUACAUUGCGAAACACCAAGAACACGGAAUCCAAAAGAAUACAAGGGCAGGGGUAUAGGCUUGGUAGUACCCGCGAACAAGAACUCGAGGAGGCGUUACGUGAUAGUAUCAAGUCCAAUUCUGAAAUUACUAGUGAAUAUAAAAAUAUGCAAGUGGUAUAUUCGAAUCAUAGCAUAAAUACCAAUAAGGAGAAUGAUCAAUUACGUUCCAAUAAUGAGAAACUCUCCAAAGAUACACUCCUUAGAAUCCAAGUUAUCGUCAGAACCAAUCAAGAUCGGUGGUGA